UCCAGCCCCCGCUUGGGCUUGGAUGAAGAUUUCGGAGCCUGGAGUGAUCGGUGAUACCUGGCAUGGUGAAGACAAGAUAUGGCUGAAAUUCAGUAUAUGGAUUCUUAUUUUUGGCCUUCAUGGAAAGCAUUUUGGGGCACAAGCCGUAACACCAGGAGAAGAGAAUGUACAGAAACUGUUAAAACAAACUGUUAGGUGGGGAUGGGUGAAUCAAACACAAAUUCAAAAACAGGAUGAUUACACGUGUGAUGACAACACCUUUUGUAAUAUAGCCAAUGUGACUGUUAAUCCACAAUAUCUUUGGAAACCCCCAUCAGGACAAAAGUAUCAACCGAAUUACUGUUUAUAUAAUGAUACUGGAACUAUACAUAUCCAAAAUCUGACUACAAUACGCUGUGCUGGAAUCCAUUUGGGGUAUAUAUGGACAACUGUUCAAGAAAGAAUACAAACUAUACAAACAUUAGCACAAAAUAGUACCACAGAUCUAUCGUAUACGUCUACCGAGGAAAUACUUGUGUAUAAUAUGUCAAACUUGAAUGUAUGUGUGUGUUAUAAUGCUUCCGAAAUAAGUAAUCGAAAUUUAUGGGCACAAUAUAUUAUUUUAAUUAAUAAGAAUAGUACAGUUAUUGAUCCAGGAAACAUUCAACUUGUAGAAAGGUUGUAUUAAAUGUACAAGAGAUCUUUGUAGAUGUAGAAGUUCAAUUUCCACCAACAAGAGUGUAAAAUAUGAACUCGAAGGACAUGGUAUGAUACCUUUUUAGGAUCAUACGGUACAAUUGCAGAAACACUGAAUGAAUUUGAUAUAGAAACUUUAGCAAAUAGAUUACAUAAUGUGGGACAAGGCAUGAACAAGGCUUUAAGAUAUCAGCCUAGAUGGAUGCCUAAUACUUUUAAGACACAAAAAAAACAAUUAGAUAUUAGUUUUGAUGUAUUAGAUUUAGUUAAUGCCAUGACUUAUUGGGGGGAGUAUUUGACUAAUAAUUUAUCUUCCUUUAUUCAUUGGACAAUAUCUAGUAUUAAAACAUUAAAUCAAAUCCAACAAAAAA